GGAAACGCAGCCCUGCUGUCCACAGAACCCCCCUCACCAUGAGGGUCCCUUUCAGACUCCUCUUUGUCGGAUGGUGGAUGGCUGGGCAGAGUUGGAUGGUGACAGGACAAGAUUUUCCCAAACCUUCCAUCUCUGUGAGCCCCAGUGAUAUGGUGAGCCUGAGAGGAAACGUCAACAUCCACUGCAGGAAUGAAAAGGUGGCACAAGUAGAGUUCACUCUGCUUAGAGACGGGCGUGCAAUUCUGUUCAGGGAUGCAGAGUUGCAUGAAGCUGUAUUCUUCUUGGCCAGUGUCAAGAAAACAGACAGUGGGGUCUACUGGUGUAAAUAUCAUAUCAGAAAUGACCCAGUCGAUCGAUGGUCACCUGACAGUGACCCUGUUCACAUCAAUGUAAUAGAUCCCAGCCUCACCAAACCCUUCAUCAAGGUGAGUCCCAGGGGGAAGCUCACACUGGGCUCAAAUGUCACCAUUGAAUGCCAGAGCAAAGAAAACGGAUUGACUUUCUCCCUGCGCAAAUCAGGAAAACAGAUUGCAUCACAGAAGACAGAGCCACGUGGAAACACAGCAAAGUUCCUUCUCUCCGUGGGGAGGACAGAGGAUGCAGGGAGCUACAUUUGUCAGUGUCAGCACAGAAAAAAUCCUUUUGUCUGGUCAGAGCCAAGUGACCCUGUGGAGCUAGUUGUGACAGAUGGAUCCUUGACUAUCAUAUUGGCCAGCUGUGCUGUGAGCCUUCUCCUGGUUCUUGUCCUCCUCUUGCUUGCCAUUGUAUGGUACAAAAGAAGAAGAAAGUGCGCCACUGCUAAUGAAGAAAGCCAACCAGUGACAAUGCCCCUGAAACCUGAAGCCAGAACCUCUGGAGUGGAACAUGAUGAACUCACCCACGGAACAGACAAUGACAGCCUGACCUAUGUUGCACUGAACCAUCAGCCACUGAGAAGCAAGGAGGCAGCCAUUCCUGGGAACCCCUCUGAAUCUUGCGUUUAUGCCUCAGUUGCCAAAGACAGAGCCAGCAGUAAAAACCAUUGCAGUGCCAGUCCAGCAGCCCAUGAAAAUGCUAAAGCCAUGUAAAAG